GUCAUGCCUCACUGCAACUUAAAAAAUUUUCUCAUCUUUGUCUCUUUGUUCCUGCCCUCUGCAAAUCCCCUCUCCUUCAACUUCUCAGGUUUCAAUCAGACAUCGGUAUCCUCUUCGAUAUUACUCCAAGAUGAUGCUUUCUUCAACCAGAACAUCAUGCUCAGCAAGAACAGCUUGGCCUCUAACAUCACAAACAGCAAAGGGAGAGCAGUAUACAAUCAACCACUCUUAUUAUGGAACUCAAAAACUGGCGAGCUCACCGACUUCAUCACCCAUUUCUCUUUCAGGAUCAAUUCCUUAGACAAAGAAUUCUAUGGUGAUGGCUUAACUUUCUUCCUCUCAUCUUAUCCUUCAAUUAUUCCUAAAUUUUCAGCAGGUGGCUAUCUUGGCCUAUUCAGCAAUAAUACAGCUUUCAACAAGUCGAAAAAUAAUCUUGUAGCGGUGGAGUUUGAUACUUAUCGGAAUUCUUGGGAUCCAAGCGCUGAUCACGUAGGAAUAAAUGUCAAUUCUAUCGUAUCGGUUACUAACGUUACUUGGAAUAGUAGUAUCAAAGAUGGGCGACUUGCGAAUGCUUGGGUCAGUUACAAUUCUAGUACUAAAAACUUGAGUGUGUUCUUGACUUAUGCUAAAGAUCCAGUCUUCAGUGGCAAUUCUAGCCUUACUUAUCAUGUUGAUUUGAGUAAAAUUCUUCCAGAAAAGGUAGCUAUGGGAUUCUCAGCUUCUACAGGUAAAGUAGCUGAGCUACAUGAACUCUUAUCUUGGGAUUUCAGUUCCAAUCUUGAAGAAGAAACGGAGGGAGCUAAGAGCAAGGUUGGACUUAUUGCAGGCUUGACAGUCUCUAUUGUAGUUUUAAUGACUGUUUUUGUUGCUGUCUGGUUUGUUCAUUGGAGGAAGGCAAAGCAAGAAGAUUCUGACGGUGAAAAUGAGUCCAUUGACGAUGAAUUUGAGAAGGACAAAGGACCUAUGAGAUUCACCUUCAAUGAGCUCGCAUCUGCAACGGACAAUUUUGCCGGAGAGAGAAAACUUGGGCAAGGUGGCUUUGGAGAGGUCUAUAAAGGAUUAUUGAACAAUGAGGAUGUUGCAAUAAAGAGGGUCUCUGCGGGGUCUAAACAAGGCAAGAAAGAAUACAUAUCUGAAGUCAAGAUUAUUAGCCGUGUAAGGCACCGAAAUUUGGUACAACUCGUAGGUUGGUGCCAUAAACAAAGCGAAUUCCUCCUCGUUUACAAGUUUAUGCCUAAUGGAAGCCUCGACGCUCAUCUUUACAAUCAGGAAAAGUUCUUACCUUGGCCGGAGAGAUACAAAAUUGCUCUCGGUUUAGCUUCAUGUUUGCUCUAUCUUCAUGAAGAAUGGGAGCAAUGUGUAGUGCACCGAGAUAUCAAACCAAGCAAUGUGAUGCUGGAUUCAGAAUUUGAAGCUAAGUUAGGUGAUUUUGGAUUAGCUAGACUUGUUGACCAUGAAAUUGGCUCUCAGACUACUAUGCUUGCAGGCACAAUGGGAUACUUAGCUCCUGAGAGUAUCGAAACUGGCAGAGCGAGAAAAGAAUCUGAUGUUUAUAGCUUUGGGAUAGUUGCACUUGAAAUUGCUUGUGGGAGAAAACCUGUAGAAUUUGGUAAGAUAAAGCUAUUAGAGUGGGUAUGGGAACUAUAUGGGAAAAGGAUGAUUUUUGAAGCUGCAGAUGAGAGAUUAAAGAUGGAUUUCGAUGAGAAAGAAAUGGAGCAGUUGAUGGUUGUAGGAUUAUGGUGUGCACAUCCUGAUCAUAUUCUAAGACCAUCGAUCAGACAAGCGAUAAGUGCUCUUAAGUUUGAAUCUCCUUUGCCAAAUCUUCCACCUUCGAUGCCAGUUCCAAGAUUUGUGGCGCCUUUGAUGCAAGAUAUUUUGAGCGGAUCGUCUGUUGCAGGUUCAAGUGGUAUGAGUUCUGGUGUCACUGGUUAUACUACAAAUUCUUCGAAUAUGACACAGUCUUCAGGUUCACCAUCCACUUUCUUGUUGCAAUCACACAAAUCAGAGACCUGAUACUUCUGUGAAGUGUGUGUGGGUUUUUUUUUUGGGUAUGUUUGUUCUCUCUUUGUUGUGCAUGUAUACAGUUUAGUUUUGAACAGUAAUUGAACCACUUGAUAUUUAGCAAUUUGUAUCGCCUGUAUUAUUUCAUAUGAUACACACUUUCUGGGUUUGUCGUAGUUCCAGUGUAUGAAGAAAAGGAUGUAAAAUUAGAUAUUGGGAAUGUU